AUGGGGGACAUAUUCUUCUACAUGGACGAAAUUGACAAUCUGUUGGAGGACUACAGGAAAUUAUUAAUCGAUUUGAAAAAAGAAUCGGAACGAAAUGAUGAGAAGACGACGAAAAAAUGUUUAGACGACAUUCACUUCCUCAAUGAGAGAAUAAAAACAGCCAAGGAUGCUAACUUCAUCGAGAUGCGUAAUUUACCUGAGGAGGAACAGCAUACUUAUAUUUUAAAGAUAAAGGGGAAAAUGGCCAUUCUGGAGGAUCUCAACAUACAGUUUGACUUUCUCAAGAGUAAAAUUUUGUAUGCACAGAAGGAAGCUAAUCGAAUGAAAGAACAAAAUAGGGUCAAGUAUGUGACCCCCAAGGAUAUAAAAAAUAGAGGGGACUUUAUUCAAGACCAAACGGAAGAGUCCAUUUUUCGAAUGAAAAUGAUGGUAAACGAAUCGGAACAGAUAACCAGAGAUGCUGCAGUGAAAUUGAAUGAACAGAAUGAAAAACUUAGAAAGGUAAAGGACAAAGUGGAAGACGUCGAUACGAAUGUUUCAAGUGCAAAGGAAACUUUGAAGGAAAUAGCCAAAGAAGCUGUCACCGAUAGAUUUGUCCGCUUUCUUUCCCUCCUCAUAUUCAUCGUUUUGAUUAUUCUCAUUACGGUCAUUUCGAUUUCGAAGAAGAAGUAA